AGGAGCUGGGCCGCUGCGCCAGGCGACAGUUGAGAAGGCGGAGCCCCGUCGCGCGGCGGGGGCCGGGGGCGGAGCGGGCGCGAGUGAGGAGCCGUGGGGCCUGUUCUGUGUCAGUCGUGUGUGUAUAUGUGUGUGUGUUUGUGUGCGUGUAUACGUUGAGGGGGGGAAAAGAGACGGAGGGGCUCGAGCGGCUCCCGGAGUCCCCCUCCCGCCGCGCCCGAGGCGGCUCCCUCCCUCUAUUGCCCUUCUCCCCCCCUCCCCCGCCUCGGCCAUGGAAGAGGCAUCCCGGCUGCUGGCGGGUCUCGCUCCUCCUCCUGGGGCCGCCGGAGAUCCCUCGCCCCACAGACUUCAAGCGCCUCCAGGCCCACCCCAGCCAGCCCCCGGACUUCAGGACACAGGUGACAUCUUGCAGCAGAUUAUGGCCAUCACCGACCAGAGCCUGGAUGAAGCACAGGCCAGGAAACACGCCUUGAAUUGCCACCGAAUGAAACCUGCUCUUUUCAGUGUGCUAUGUGAUAUUAAAGAAAAAACAGUGUUAAGUAUACGUGGUAUUCAGGAAGAAGAUCCCCCUGAUGCUCAGCUAAUGAGACUAGAUAACAUGUUGCUGGCUGAGGGUGUCUCCGGGCCUGAGAAGCGGGGAAGAGGAGGACCAGCGGCAAUAGCAGCAACAUCAGGUGGCUGUCCAAAUGACAAUAGCAUUGAACACUCUGACUACAGGGCCAAGCUGUCACAGAUCCGACAGAUAUACCACUCUGAGCUAGAGAAAUAUGAACAGGCCUGCAGUGAGUUCACCACUCAUGUUAUGAACCUCCUUCGGGAACAGAGUAGAACAAGGCCAAUCUCGCCCAAAGAAAUAGAGCGUAUGGUGAAUAUAAUUCAUGGAAAAUUCAGCACCAUACAGAUGCAGCUGAAACAAAGUACGUGCGAGGCAGUGAUGAUUUUGCGUUCAAGAUUUCUUGAUGCAAGGCGAAAGCGACGUAACUUCAGCAAGCAAGCAACAGAAGUAUUGAAUGAAUAUUUUUAUUCUCAUCUGAGUAAUCCUUACCCCAGUGAAGAAGCCAAAGAAGAACUAGCAAAGAAAGGAGGCAUUACGGUCUCACAGGUCUCCAACUGGUUUGGUAACAAGAGAAUCCGCUACAAGAAAAAUAUGGGAAAAUUCCAGGAAGAGGCCAAUAUUUAUGCAGCCAAAACAGCAGUGGAUGCUACCAAUGUGGUGGCUCAGGGGAACCAAACAAGCUCUCCCCCAACCCCAAAUUCUGGUUCCUCUGGGUCAUUUAAAAUGACAAAUUCUGGAGAUUCCUUUAUAAACCUGCAGUCACUCAGUUCUUAUCAGAAUUCACCAGUGGGAGCCAAUGUGCAGUCUCAGAUGGAUUCCUUACACCAUGUCAUACACCAGGCAGGAAGAUAUGACAGCAUUGUGGGAAACCCCUUAUAUUCGACACAGCGCAUUGAUGCUAAUGGCAGCUGGCAGGACGCUACUACCCCUUCAUCAAUCACUUCACCUACUGGAGAUCCAGGAAGCAUUAAUUCAGAUGCAUCUAAUUAAAUGUUUUAGGACCUGUUGAGGAGAGGAAAGAGGUCAUUAGUGUAUCUUGUCAAUGUUGCUCUUUUUUUGCCAAUACUUUUGAUUCUACAACUUGACACACACACAGCUAAUUACCUCAGAUAAAAUAAAAAGAAAAAAGAAAACCAAUGGAAGAUUGUGAUUAUAUAUGGACACCUCUCUACCUCUCGGCAUGAUGUGCUUGAGUUCUUCUUACUUCUGCCCUUUGGGUUCUAAAGGAACUGGCUUCAUUUACCAAAACAAAUUGUUUUUUAAAAAAAAUGAAUUACCACUUUUAUGCUUAAGAGUUGACUCCAUUUUUCCAGUUUUAAAAAAUGCAACUGAUUUAAUUUCUAUGUGUUUUUACUAUAAAAAUUCUGUUUUAGAUGCUAGUUACUAACAAAUAGCCCCUCUUGUAUUGUAAUUGUAUGCGUUAUCUGUAUUGUAAUUUUCUAGAGGAAGACUCUAUCUUUGAACUCAUUAACCAGAACAGGCUAUUGCUUUACCAAAAUGAUUAUUGGACUUUGCUCUUUGAAUAGAAACUUCAUCUUCUGUCACUCUCAUGUAGCUCUAAUUUAAUGUCUUAGAGUAUACACAGACUUGUCUGUGAAUAGAUUUUUGUACAUCUAGGAAAAUGUUAGUAGCAAAGUCAUCACUUUCAGUUUAAAUUUAUCAAAGAAUAAACUUCCAAAGUCUUUUUUUC